AUGGAGCUUUUCCUCUUCCACUUCCCGCAAAUAGGGAGUACUCCUGAACAAGUAUUCCUCGGCAUAAAAGCUUUCAGCACUAUAGAACCCGCCAAUCUCGAGGCCCUUCUAUCCGCCAACUUUAAAGAUAUUGGUAUGGGACCACGCCGCAAUAUCACGUUCCCUAUGUUCGGGGAUGGCAUCUUCACACAGGAAGGCCCCGCAUGGAAGUACUCGAGGGAUAUGUUGGAAUAUGAAGGUACAGUCAUCUUCCUCCGGCAGACGCAGAUUGUUACUCUGUAG